UGAAUAUUUUAACAAUAUCAGCGGGUGCAUCAAUGGCCUGGACUUCGCCAGUAUUAGCAAAACUAGCAAAAGAUAAAAGUUACAGCCCAUUUCCACGACACAUCACCAGCCCGGAGGCAAUGUGGAUGGGCGCGCUGGUAUCUCUGGGUACUGCUGUAGGGCCGUUCAUAUGUGCAUUUUCAACGAACAAGAUCGGCAUGAAGCAGACGCUGCUGUGGUCAGCUCUGCCCAGCCUGGUCGGCUGGAUCCUGACGGCUUCGGCCACGACCAUAAUGCAACUCCUGGUCGCCAGGUUCAUUCUAGGUAUAGCUUGUAGUGUCGUCUUCUCAGUAGCUCCAUCUUACGUUUCAGAAAUCGCAGAUAACACUUUUCGUGGCACAUUAGGAGCCUUAUUGCAACUUACUCUAACUAUUGGGAUGUUGCUGGUAUAUUGCAUAGGCCCUUACACAUCUUACGUCGUUUUCACCACAAUAUGUGGAAUCAUUCCAAUAAUAUUCGCAAUUUGUUUCAUUCCUAUGCCAGAUAGUCCAUAUUGUUGUGCGUCUAAAGGUAAGCUAGAUAAAGCAAAAGCAUCAUUAGUUCGCUUAAGAGAUAGAUCUGCAGAUGAAAUAGAUAAAGAAGUUAAGCAAAUACAGGCAGAUGUGGAAGCAGCCAAGGAUGGCUCAUAUCGUGAGCUCCUAUGCAGUGGUACCCAAAAAUUGCCUUUAUUUUUGGGAAUAGGAUUGGCCGUCUUCUUUCAAUUAUCAGGAGUUACUGCCGUAUUAAUUUACGCCGAAUCCUUGUUCGAGCAAACGGCAUCAAGUCUUUCGCCAGAUGUCAUGGCCAUGAUAAUGGGAGCGAUUCAAACAUUUGCUGCACUCAUUACUCCUUUUAUUUUUGAUAGAUGCGGCAGAAAGUCUUUGUUAAUAUUUUCAGGCGCCGGGAUGACCAUUGCAAUGGGGACCUUUGGUGCGUAUUUUUAUAUAAUUGAAAACAAUUUGAUGAAUGCUGAUUCUUUGACUUCGAUACCAAUGGGAUGUAUAGCUGCUUUUAUUUUUACUAACUCUAUUGGUUUCGGUGGCGCUAUAUGGGUGGUUAUAAGCGAAAUCUUUCCUGGACAUCUUCGGGCUCAUGCAUCCGCUAUCUGCACGUCCAUCUGUUUCGUCACCGCCUUCGUGAUCGCUCUCACUUUUGAUGACUUGCAAGCUCUCUUGAAAAAUUCAGGAACUUUUGGACUAUAUGCAUUUUUCUGCGCUCUUUCCGUCAUAUUUGUGGCAGUUUUCUUACCGGAGACCAGAGGUUUGUCGUUUGAAGAAAUUCAAAAGAAGCUUAAAACAAAAUUCAAGUCGAACGUUGUUGAUGUUGGACACGACAAUCCUGCCAUGGAGCGACAUUAGAAAAUAUAUUAAAAUAAUUUAGAUAUAUUAUUUAAUUACUUUUUUAAUUUUCUUGUUAAUACACUAUGUUCUGUAGA